AGGAGUGAGAAGACAAGCAGGGAGAUGGAGCUGUUCAGAGCCCGAAGGAGCGAGCUGGAGCCCGGGGCAGCUGGGAUGACUAAGCUGGGAGUCAGGGCAGGACCUGGGAUCUCUGCUUUCCCAGUGAUGAGCUGCCUGGCCAACCCAGCUGUGCCAUCUGGAAAAGCCAAGAAGAGCAAAAAGAAGGUUUUGGAGCAGAAGAAAUGGCAGAGCCUGGAAGAGACUGGGAGCGAAGUCUUGCAGCCAGGGAAACAUGCCUUGCUCGCCAGAUCAAAGACCUAUGACCCAUCCUACUCCAAAGAGCCUGAAAAGGACUUGGUCUCAGGAAAGCAAAAGAAUUCCUCUUCGCUGGUCAAGCGCAUGGUGAGCUUCCACAAGGCCUUCAAGGAGAUCCCCGAGGAGGAAGCCCUGCUUGACAGUUUUUCAUGUGCCUGGCAGAAGGAAGUGCCCUACCACGGCCGCCUCUACGUGUCCCAGAACUACGUCUGCUUCCACUGCAGCAUGCUGCUCAAGGACGUCAAGGUGGUGAUUCCUGUCUCCUCCAUCACCAUCUUCAAGAAAGCCAACACUGCGCUCCUGGUGCCCAACGCACUCAGCAUCCGGACGGUGGAAGGUGAGAAGUUUCUCUUCGUGUCGCUGCGCACCCGGGAAGCCACCUACCAGCUGCUGAGAUCAGUCUGCAAACACCUGCAGGACGAGAGCAGGAACAGCAGCCCCACAGCCACACCAACCACUGCCAGUCCCGAGCACCUCCUCAAGAAGCCUCUGACCUCAAGCCAGUCGGACCUGGAACACAACCCGCAGGAGACUGACAGCCUCCUGGAUACGCUAGGUGAGGCUGGGCCCUCCCUGCCAGAUGGGCCCAGGCCAAAGCAGAACAGGAUGAAGGAGGAUGUGGGCAAGCACUCAGCGGCUCUGAGCAAAGGGGGCACCCGGGCCGUCGAGCAGACCAAGGUGACGACGAGCAGCUGGUGGUCGCAGCUGAGCACUCUCAAUGUGGUUAUCCUCAUCUACCUGCUGCUGGUGGUCAUCCUGCUGCUGUCCUCGGGGUACAUCGGCCUGAGGAUCGUGGAGCUGGAGCAGCAGCUGACGUCGAUGGGGGCCUGGCCGGAGCUGAACCUGCAGCGCCAGUACAAGAAGACAUGAAGUCAGCAAAGACUCCGGCCCCUGUAGGACCUUGCCUUCCGCUGGACAGAAGCCACCGCUGACCCAGACCGGAUGGGACAGAGACUUCACAACCUCUCAGCAGCUCCCCAUCACUGCUGGGAGACUGAUCUUUAUCUUAUGCUGAGCUGAGCUCAGGCUGGUUUUAAGGAGUGUGGCGGGUGCUGGAUUCGGGACAAGGCACAGCCCAGGAAGGGACCUGGGCAGAGCUCCUCCUCAGCCGGGGCCUGAACAAGCUGCAUUUAAUCCUUAGCACUCCCCUGGGGUCGGGCACCACAUGCCUUCCAGAGUGACACUCCUCCGCACCUCUCCCUGGGGCUCCCCGGCCUGCCCUUUGGAACCGUUCCCAGCAAGGACCUUGAAGCUCCUCCUUGGCCCUGCUGAUAUCUGCCUCGGCUCUGACGACUAAUGGUUUAACUGCACUGGGCAGGCCACUUUCCAGUGAACUUUGGCCAAGCCUAGGAGCAAACGAGAUGGCAACACCCUUCGCUGCGAGGGAAAGGAAAUGGGCAUCUCUAGUUCCAGAUCCACGUGCUUUGUCAUGUGUGUAGUUUAUUUGCAUGGGGGUGGGAGUCUGGUGUUCUGGCUGUGCCAGGCUGGGUGGGAUAUGCUUGGAGCCAGUCAAGUCUGGGAGCAGGCUCCAGGGUUUGGCUGGGCAGCAGUGCAGGGUGGCAGCCUCUUGCCUGUCUCCUGUGACCAGGGCUCCAGCUCUGUUCUCCACCUGGGGGGAACCACGCACGCCUCUUGGAGACAGGCUUGGCUCAGGCUUCGCCUGUGCAGAGCACUGCGGGGGGUGUCAUUGACUUCUCUUAGCACCUUCUGUACAGUCAGCUCCAGGGAACGGGGGCAGCAGGGAGAGGAGGGGUUGCAGCUGCUGUUACCCAGCACGGGCCACCGGGAGGGUAACAACUGGGCCUGAAAUUCCUCGCCAGCCCCCAGCCAGAAAGCAACGGAUAUGGGGACACUGUCGGGAGCAACGGGAAAGGGCAGGCAAUGCUAGAGCCAUUUGGCCGUGCACUGUGUGACAGCUGUGGUGGCACCACUGGUGUGAGCAGGGAGCCAGGGCCAAGCUGCCCCUGCAGCCGCAGUCUGCACGGGUCUGAGUCUAGUGCUGUUGGGGACCAUUUCAUCAUGCUGCCAGGCUGAGAGCUGGGCACUGGGGCAAGGUGCCCCUUAUACCUCUCAGCACUCACAGCUUGCACCCAGUGACAAGCUGAUCCCUAGAGGUGUACAGUCAGGCCCUGGCCGAACCCAGGCUUGAUUCCCUGAUUAAGGACAAGGUGGGGGUGGGGGAGGGGGCAAGGACAGCUGUAUUGUAUUAUCAAUAAAGGAAUUCAC